ACCAGCAUGUUGACGGGACCAAAACGGUUCCAACACUUGACUAUCUGGACUACACUCCUGACAUUGAUUUCGUCGACAAACGGUUAUACGGAGUUACAAGUAGAGGGUAACGAAGGAAACAAGGCGACAGAUUACCUCGACUUCAGCAUCACAACCAACCGACUUCAAUUAAAAUUUGAGCAGCUAGAUGACAACGCAGACCUAGAAUUUUCUGUAGAAGCCGGUGUUUUUGAACGAGAGAGCCAAAGCUCACAGAUUGCAACCCUAACCUAUAAAUGGAACACACAUUCGGGUCGAAACAAUAUUUUAUCAUUGUAUGAUACUAGUGAAUUUGAGCAAUGCGACGAGACCAAAACAGAAAUGCUUAAAUCAAUCCCCUCAAAAGUAACUGUAGAUUUGAAUACAGACUACUUGGUCGAAAUCAAAGGAGGGGAGCAGGGUACAUUUUCAAGUGCAAGCACUGUACCGUGUCCGGCUGUAUGGACAAGCUUCACAAGCAAUCGAGCUAAAGUCACGAAAAUGAAACUAAAAUUGACGGACUCAGAUUCGGGUUACAAAUUAGAAGAUUACUACACGAUCAAUUACAGGAUUAUUGCAGCGUGUGAUCCUGGGCAGUAUGUGAGCGACAAUGGCUGUACGGACUGUGAAACUGAUCAUUAUAGUGCUGGAGUCUGGCUCGAAUCUUGUACUAAAUGCCCUGAAGAUAAAGGGGUGGAAGCUGGAAAGGGAACACAAGAAAGUGAUUGCACUUGGAGUCCUUGCGCUGCUGGUAAAUAUCUUGAUCAGGAGAAUGGAUGUACGGAUUGUGAAGCAGACAAAUAUAGUGCUGCUGGAGUCAUUGAGUGUACUGAUUGUCCCUCUGAAAAAGGAGUUGCUUCAGGAGAAGGACAGCAAGAAAGUGACUGUAUAUGGAAGGCUUGUGUUGGUGGUCAGUAUCUAAGCCAGGACAACGGCUGUACUGAUUGUGAAGCAGGGGACUUCAGUACUGGAGGAACAGCAGAUUCUUGUACAAAAUGUGAAGCAGACUUUUACAGUGAAGCGGGUGCGACUAACUGUACUUAUUGUCCUUCUGAUAAAGAAGUAGCUUCUGGAGAAGGCAAAGAAGAGGAUGACUGUUCAUGGAGUCCUUGUGCUGCUGGUAAAUAUCUCGAUCAGGAGAAUGGAUGUACGGAUUGUGAAGCAGACAAAUAUAGUGCUGCUGGAGUCACUGAGUGUACUGAUUGUCCCUCUGAAAAAGGAGUUGCUUCAGGAGAAGGACAGCAAGAAAGUGACUGUGCAUGGAAGGCGUGUGCCGGUGGUAAAUUUUUAGAUCAGGAGAACGGAUGCAUUUCUUGUGAAGCAGGAGAAUUCAGUGCUGGAGGAUCAGCCGAUUCUUGUACAAAAUGUGAAGCAGACUUUUACAGUGAAGCGGGUGCGACUAAGUGCACUGCAUGCCCUUUUGGUAAAGUAGUAGCUUCCGGAGAAGGAAAACAAGAAAGUGAUUGCACCGCUAUAAGGGUUAACGGGGGCUGGAGCACGUACCGGUCCUGGUCCACGUGCUCAGCUGAUUGCGGAGGAGGUUCCCAGACCAGAACCAGGAUCUGUAAUAAUCCUAGCCCGGCUAAUGAUGGGGCUGAAUGUGAGGGGGACAGUUCGGAUAGUCAAUCUUGUAACGAUAAUCCUUGCUCAGAUGGAGAGGAAACGGAUUCCGGAACCAGAAGACUGUUCAGGACAAAUUUCCUCGUCCUUCUAGCAUUUAGCUUUAUAUUUUGUUUCUUCAUAGAAUGAACUUGUUGACAAAUUAGGAUAUGAGUAAGAAUUAUGAUCAAUAAUUUUAUAAAUCUUUGUGUAUAGUACUUCGUAGAACAAAAGGCAUGCUCGAAUGCAGGGGUUUUGGGCAGUAUCCAAGAAGCUCGACGCCAUCAUAGUGGAAGCCCCACUACAAGAUAGUGGAAGCCACAUUACAAAAUACAAGAUAGUGGACUUCCUCUACC